AUGGUCAUGCCAGCUGGACGGGUCUAUAGGCAUGUUCACCCAGAAGAGGUCGAACCGCCAACUAAGUGCACAGCAUUGAUGCUAGCGGCUCAGGUAGGAAACACACCGUUCUUUGAAUAUCUCCUAGGGCUAGCUCAUUUUGCCACGGAUGUUGGCCAACAUGAGAGUGAUUCUUCUCACUUGACUGUUGUCAAUUAUGCGCUUCGGUGCCGAAAUACUGUCGAGGCAUGCGUAAUGGUUGCAAGGUUACUACGGUGGUUACCCAAUGAUGCUCACCUGAGAUCUGGCGUGGUGAUCCCGGGGCUUGCUCGCAUGCCGUUUACGAACCUCUGGACUAUUCAUGGGUAUGUUCUGUGUGUGAUGGGUAUGCUACACUUCCGCCUGGAAGAGACCUAUGACACGUUUACUACUAUUGGGGCGAUGGGCGCCCUACGGUUUUUGAACAGGGUGAUAGCCGAGUGCCGACACCACCAGAUGCUGAUCAGGCAGAUAUAUCUUUUUAUGGCACCGGGCCAGAGUGCGGGCUACUUUGCUGGCCCACAGCAUGCUAUGGUGCUAGGCCGCGCGGCAGGAUUGGGAGGUCCGGGUUUACUACUAAAUACAACAAGUGUCUUUGACGUUAACAACUUCCGUAUGCCAUUAACAGCCUGGAGGCCGGACAAGCCACAUUGA